UCAAUCCUCAUUCCCUCAAAUAAUAAAAAAAGCAUAUUCUCUCUCCUCAUUCUCUCUUCCCCUUUCUGUCUUCAUCCAUCGUUCGUCCUUUUCGACCUUCCCCUUUCUCUGUUUCUACAUAAUUGGUUAAUGGUUUUAGAUUCUUCUCAACCCUUUCUCUCUGUGUACUCCCCUUCACUCACUUCUCUACUCCAAUUUUCACCCAAAAUAAAUUCAUUACUAAAUUAAAACCCACCAAUUAUUAUUAAUUUUUUCCAAAAAAGCCCAAAAUUUUUUUUUUGAUCGCAAAAAAUGGAUCUCUGGUCUGUUCAUGUCAAAUACAAUAACCCAUCUCCCAUUUUAGCUCGAAAUUCUUGUUUAGAGAAAUCUGCUUCCUUUAAUUUUGUUAAGAAUUCACCUUUUUCAGUGGAAGAUCGUGUAUUUGAGAUCAGAAUUCCUAAGCGCAAGUAUUGUUUUUCUCAUGGGUAUAAUAAAAAUCCCGCCAUUGUUAAGGCUAUGGGGAAGAAAAAUUCUGAUAAUUUUUCAUCAUCUUCAGGGAACGGUGACCAUCCAAAUUCAGGGGGCAAUGGCCCCAAAGGAAACAAUCCUUCUGAUGGAAAGAAAUCUAAUAAGAAUGCGAGUCAAAGGCCUCAUCAAAUGACCCAGGACUGGAGAGAAUUUAGAGCAACACUUUUUGCUCGUGAGCAGGCUGAAUCUGCUGACCCCAGCAAUCGUGGUCAUGAUGGGUCACAUUUAGAAUCUAAACCACUAGGCAUUAAGUGGGCCCAUCCUAUUUCCUUACCAGAGACAGGCUCUGUUCUUGUUGCCACGGAAAAGCUAGACGGUGUUCGUACCUUUGAGAGAACUGUGGUUCUCCUCCUCAGAUCUGGGCGACACCCUCAAGAGGGUCCUUUUGGGGUGGUACUAAAUCGUCCUCUUCAUAAGAAGAUCAAGCACAUGAAACCCAAUAAUCUAGAAUUAGCCACCACAUUUGCUGACUGUUCGUUACAUUUUGGCGGGCCUCUUGAAGCAAGCAUGUUUCUAUUAAGAACAGGGGAAAAACCCAAGCUUCCUGGAUUUGAAGAGGUGAUGCCUGGUCUGUGUUUUGGUGCUCGAAACAGUUUGGAUGAAGCAAUGGGAUUGGUGAAAAAAGGGGUGCUUAAGCCUCAGGAUUUCCAAUUCUUUGUUGGAUAUGCUGGAUGGCAACAUGAUCAACUAAGGGAAGAAAUUGAAUCGAAUUAUUGGCAUGUGGCUGCAUGCAGCACAAACUUAUUGUUUGGCAGUUCACCUGAUUCAACAGAAGGUUUAUGGGAAGAGAUUUUGCAACUAAUGGGUGGUCAGUACUCAGAGCUCAGUCGAAAGCCUAAGCAAGAUCUGUAGUUCCCUUUUCUUCUGUACGGCAACCGCGAGAUGAAGCAACUUAAUUAUAAUAAGAAUAAUAUGUAAGUGGAAUCUAAAUUAGUAAGGUAUGUAUGUAUGUUUUACUAAAUGUACAUAGGAGGUUGGAGAAUAUCUUCAUAUAGUACAUUGUGUUUUUUUAGUUAGCCUUUGUUUGGGUACACUUGUAUGUAGCUAUACUGCCUCUUUGUUUAAUGUGGACUUCAGAAAUCAACAUGAUGAAAGCUUUUUUUCUAUAGCGAAAAAUUGAGCCCACGUCAUUCAGAUUCUUAGUGAUUUGGGCCUGGGAUGAAGUUGAGUUUGUACAUAAAUUACUAGUAUUACACCCUUUUUUCCCUGAGGGAAACACUUUUGUUCCGUUAGAACAACAUUUUACUUUGCAACUAUUUAGUUUCUCCGUUAUAUAUUAGUUGCAACAUUUCUCUUA